UUAUUAAAUAAUAAAAUUCAAUAAAAAUGGCGGGCCUCACUCUCUACCCAGUAGGGCUGUUAGUCGGUCGGUUUUGGUUUAACCGAAAAAUGAAAAGUCGAUUUUCGGUUAAACCGAGCGACCCCCUAGCAUUACCGAACAUCAACUGACACCUUUCGCUCGGUCACUGUCUAACCGACCGGUCAAUUAUCGGUUAUAACCGCGGUUAGCCGAAUUAAAUACAAACAAAUUAAAUAAAAAAAAAAUAGAAGGAAAGAAACCACAACACACUUUUCUGUCUUUGUCUUCUUCUUCUUCUCUCCUCAUCCAAAAAAAAGCUAACGUCUUUUCUUCUCCCAUCGCUCUGCCUUGCCUCUGCUACCCUCCAGGUUCCAAGCCACUUUUUCUCUCCUCUCUCUCCCAGCCAAAACCAAUUUCUUUUUUCUCUCUCUCUCUCUCGGCCAAACUUAAUUCCCCUUCUCUCUCCGUUGUUCUUCUCUGAACUCACGAACAAAGACCAUUUUUCUUCUCCUUCUCUCUUUCGCAGCCGCGGUUCAUCUGUUCGGGGACGACGACGGAUGGACGGGGAAGAGGAAGGAUGGAGGCGGCGACGAGAUGAGGAAAGGACCUGGGCGGCAGCGAGGAAGGGAUCUGGCCGUGUGCGAUGCGACGAGGAAGGAUCUACAUGGCGGCGAGGAACGGAGGAAGGCGGCGGCCGUGAGGCGACCGAGGAAGGGAGCAGGGUGGCGGCCGUGCGUGUGAGGCGGCAAGGACAACAACUCCUCCGACGUACACGUGUACCUAGUCGGUGACAGCUCCGGCGGGAACAUCGCUCACCACGUGGUCGUGAAAGCCUCCGAAGCCGGGAUUUUGAUACUGGGCAACGUCUUGCUACACCAGAAGUUUUGGUUUUAUUUAUUUUUAUUAUUAUUUAAUAAUGUAGAAAUAUUAAAAGAAUUAAAUUAAUUUUUUAAUUGCCACUUCAGACAUUUAAUGGCCAACUGUUAGGGUUGACUGCCACAUCAGAUAAAGUUAAUGGAGAGUG